AUGUCGUGCUCUAUCCACCCGCCAGAUCACGCUCAAAUCGUUGUCAUCGGAGGUGGUCCCGGCGGUAGUUACGCGGCAUGUGCUUUGGCCCGCGAGGGCUUUGACGUAGUUCUUCUUGAGGCGGCAUCGUUUCCUAGAUAUCAUAUUGGCGAGAGUCUCCUCCCGUCCAUUCGUCAUCACCUCAAGUUCAUCGAUGCAGAAGAAAAGGUGAAAGCCUAUGGGUUCGCUCACAAGCCCGGCGCAGCAAUCAAAUUCAACCAGUAUGAAAGGGAAGGAUAUACCGAUUUCGUCGCACUCGGUCACGACAACAGUUCCUGGAACGUCGUGAGGUCCGAGUUUGACGCCCUUCUCCUUGAACAUGCAAGAUCGAACGGCGUCAAAGUCUUUCAGUGCACAAGGGUUCUAUCGGUCGAAUUUCAGAAAUCAAAUCCACUUGAUAUUCCUGGACGCCCUACCUCAGCCAAUUGGUCACAUUGUCCACCAUCAUCUUCACCCUGUGCUUCGGACUCGCCGUGUAAUGGUACGAUUACCUUCGAUUACCUUGUUGACGCCAGUGGACGCGCCGGCAUACUCUCGACCAAGUAUAUGAAGAACCGUCGUUUCAAUUCGAAUCUCAAGAACGUCGCGAUCUGGGGGUACUGGGACAACGUGGGCAUUUAUGGCGAAGGCACUACAGCCGAAGGAGCACCUUACUUUGAAGCUUUGAAAGAUCAAUCUGGCUGGGCAUGGUUCAUACCACUCAAUAACAAAACCACCUCUGUCGGCAUCGUCACCGACCAGAAAGUCUUCUCUCGUUCCCACUCCAAAUCGUUCAGCACGGCUUCGCUAGGCCCCUCUCUAGUGCCCGACUCCCAGACCCCGUUCUUCCGUUCGCCGCUCUCCCAGACCACGUCCAGCUCUCCUGACAUCUCCAGGACUUUCUCUCCUGGCAGAUUCUCCAUCGCCACGCCUCCAACAUCUCCGUCACUGUCGAACCUUCUCACACCAAAGUCAAACUCAUUCCGUUCUUCGAUCAACCUCGCGUCGUCCACGGCGGCUAACCUCGCAAAAAAAUAUCUGUCUUUGCUCGAACUUGCCCCCAAGGUCGUCGAGCUGAUCGGUCCGGACGGCUCCCUCGUGCAAUGCAAGAAAACACCCGGUUCCACACCUCCGCCGUGCACCACCAGUCCUCGAAGCCCACGAGCCUGUGCCUCCGCCGGCGAUUUGGGAACUCCCUUCUCUGAACCUGGCUCCGUUCCUGGGACGCCGCCACCGCCGCGCCGUCCGUUCGCUGGAAGGGUGGACACAUUCGGCGCUGGGGCUCCCUAUGCGGGCGGUGGUCCGAUGAGUCCUGGACCUGGAAAUGCUUUUGGAUCUGCACCGGAGUUUAAUAUCGAGAGCUCCGCGAACGCGGCAGAUAGUCCGAUCAGGAUGGCGAGUGAUUAUAGUUACUCGGCGACUACCUAUGCGGGAGACAGGUUUAGGAUCGUUGGGGAUGCUGGAGGCGAGUCGCUGUUAUUGUUCCCGUUCAUCGACCCGUUCUUCUCUUCUGGGGUUCAUCUCGCGAUGACUGGCGGACUGGCUGCUGCCACGUCGAUAGCUGCGUCGAUCAGAGGUGAAUGUCCGGAGCAGGAGGCAGCGGAAUGGCAUACCCAUCGUGUGUCGAUAUCGUACACAAGGUUCCUCCUUGUUGUGCUCAGCGUAUACAAGCAAAUCAGAGCGGAGCCCUUCGACGUGCUUUCGGAUGUUACGCAGGAGAAUUUUGAUAAGGCUUUCGAUUUUAUACGUCCAGUCAUCCAAGGAAACGCAGACCUCGGACCCCGUCUGUCUGAAUCCGAAGUUCAAUCCGCAUUGGAUUUCUGCGUCAACUUCUUCAAUCCUGUCUCGCAAGCAGAGACCGAAGCCGUCCGCAAGCGUUUUGAAGGCGUCAACCUUAACCGUGAAUUGAAACUCGAUCUACCUCCAACACCAACAUCUCCCAGCAAACCGAAGCCGCAUCGAUACAACACCGACGAGCCUGUUCCCAAAGACCAGCGCUCUCAGGCUGGAGUUCCAGAGCUUCCUGACGCGGACACGUUUGGCGCAGCCGGAACACAGGGGCCUCCUACGCGGCCAGCUGUAGUUGGAAGGAAGAGGAGCAAGACUAUUGACACUGUGAUCAAGUGGCUGGGAAAGGUUAGUGGAAUGAAGGACGUGGAUGAGGAAGGUUCGGAGAGUCCGGAGGGGCAAUCCCCGUCUCCGAAAAACACACCUGAGACUCCAAGCCACAAGUCGCCUGAGCCCAAGACAUCGACUAAUGCCUUAUUUGACGUGACGGCGCCACUGAUACCCGCGGCUCAAAUCGACGAGAUCGCCAGGUUCGCUCAUGCCACGACUCCUUCCCAACCUCCUACACCGGGUCUAGGGUCUCCUAGUCCCAGGAAGUCGACUCCAGGUCUACUCCCCGCCCUCGAUAUCUCUCGCGCGAAUGCCUUUGGUUCAUCCGCUACAUCAUCCAGUGGCCUGCCUUCCCCUUCGCCAACCACUCUCGCGCCUUCUCCAGUGCUGAGCACUAUGGACGAUUCCGAGGCGAUAGCAGAGACGAAGAGGGUGCUGGCGAAGAUUAAUGCGAGGAGGGUGCUUCAUAAGGAACAUGGGGGGCUGCAUUGUUUCGAAGAGGAGGUUUUGGGUGGAUGGAGUGCGAGGUUGGAGAGGGGGCGAUUGGGUUUGGUGAAAGUGAAGAACAGUGAGCUGGAGCCGGUACGGGGUUCUCAGGAGGCGGAAGAGGAGAAUAUAGGGAUGGGAAACAGCAGCGCAGCGUGA